AUGGCGACACCGUCAAUGGAAGAAUCAAUUGAUUCUGCUAACAAUAGUAGCUAUAGAUUGUUGGUGGUUAUGGAUGGGGAUGGUGGUGGUGGCAAUGACAUCACCAGUUAUGGUGAUUAUGGUGUAGACGGCUGUGUUGUUGGUGGUGGUGAGAGAGAGAGAGAGAGAGUUGGAUGCUUCAGUUCAAGAGUUAGACAUCUUCUCCAUCUUCAUGUUGCUUCUGGAAUGCAGAGAUAUUUGUUGCGCUUGCGGCAGUGUUUCGCAAACAACCAGCAAGCUAUGGUACAGGAGGGUCAGAUGUUGAUUGAAUAUGUAAUGAUGAAUGCUAUUGCUAUACAAAAAAUUCUUAAGAAAUAUGAUAAAGUCCAUAGCUCUGUCAAUGGGAGGAACUUUAAGUCCAAGAUGCAGGCUGAACACACAGAGAUUCUGCAAUCACCUUGGUUAAUAGAACUAGGAGCUUUCUAUAUGAAUUUCAAUAAAUCAUAUGGUGGAGGGUCUGAUGAAAUUUCCAGUCCAUUCUUUUGUGAUCUGAGCGCCACAGAGCCCGUGUUGACUUUGAGGCUUCCGGAUUCUGUGAAAUUAGAAUAUUAUCUCACUUGUGGUAUUUGCUUGUUGACUGACAUUGACCGUAACAAAGAGAGGUGCGUGUAG